AUGGAGAUUGCUCCUGUCAAAAUGAUGUCAUAUCGGAUGCAUUCCUCCAAAGGAGAAUUGUCUCCUCCGACGAGGCUGGGCCCUGAAAACUCCUCACAUUUCGGCAAUGAUCUUGGCUUGCUGUAUAUCUACAAUCAGGAUCUGAACAGGAAAUCGGCUGCAAAUCUGAAGGACUUUUUGGCAGUUUAUUCACCUACCACUUUCAACCGAAGAGAUUUCCCAGGUAUGUUAGGACUAUCAGAUUCACAAGGCGGUCGUGUUCAGUUACAGGAUGUCUCAAACUACCUGGGCACUCCAGCACCGUCAAACCACUCUUCAAUCUCAAACAGUGAGACCAUUCCGCCCGAAAGAGCUGUGUCAGCACUAGAAAGAUGGAAUCAAUCCAAGUCCAAUAUAUUCAAAACUAUUUCAACAUUUGUUGGCUUCAUCGUCAUGGGCGCGAACGAUGCGGCCUAUGGUGCUCUGAUCCCUUAUCUGGGCACUUAUUACCAAGUCUCGUAUACAGUUGUGUCGUUGGUAUUUCUUUCACCUUUCAUUGGCUACAUCGCGGCCGCUGCACUGAACAAUACGCUGCAUAAGGUGGUUGGCCAGAGAGGAGUCGCAAUACUGGGCCCCGGCGCUCACCUAGUCGCCUACAUUGUCAUCGCUUUGCAUCCUCCUUACCCAGUCCUUGUGGCCGUCUUCAUACUAGCGGGGUUUGGCAAUGGAAUACUGGAUGCGGCUUGGAACGCUUGGAUUGGCAACUUGGCGAAUCCAAACGAGAUCCUCGGUUUUCUCCACGGGUUCUACGGCAUUGGUGCGACGGUGUCACCUCUCAUUGCUACUACGAUGAUUACUAAACGUGGUCUCCAAUGGUAUGCAUUCUACUACCUUAUGAUAGGAAGUGCUGCUGUCGAGCUGGCUACUUCAACUGCUGCAUUCUGGAACGAGUCAGGUAAAAGGUUCCGCCAAACGUUGUGUGACGACACUAUCCAUGGAGCUACACGAGCGGCGUUGAAGACCAGAGUUGCCUGGGUCAGUGCUUUUUUCCUGCUCAUGUACGUCGGCAUUGAGGUCGCGCUUGGCGGCUGGAUCGUCACUUUCAUGAUUGAAGUCCGAAAUGGGACCGAGUUCGAGUCAGGAUUGAUAGCCACUGGGUUCUGGUUGGGAAUCACAGUCGGCCGGGUCAUACUUGGAUUUGUCACCCCGAGACUUGGUGAGAACCUAUCAAUCGUGUUGUAUCUCGCAUCCGCCAUGGGCAUGCAAUUGCUCUUUUGGUUGGUCCCUUCGUUCACUGUUUCUUCAAUUGCAGUCGCAUUCGUCGGAUUCUGUCUCGGGCCACUAUUUCCAGCUGUUGUGGUUGCAACGACAAAACUACUCCCGGCUCAUCUACAUGUUGCAACAAUCGGCUUUGCAGCAGCUUUUGGUGGUGGGGGAGCAUGUAUCCUGCCAUUCGCCGUCGGUGCCAUCGCCCAGGCUGCCGGUGUCAAGGUUUUACAGCCUAUCAUCCUAGCCAUGCUGGGGCUGGCACUCUUACUCUGGUCUUUUGGUAUGCCCAAGAUAUCUGGAGAAACCGGCAAAGAAAACGGAGGAAUUGCAAAAACCAAACAGGUCGUUUCGAGGUAUUUUCAGGGGUGUUUUGCAGCUCGUUUGUGA